AAGAGUGACCAGAAUAAAAACAGCAACAACAGACAGGGAGGAAGGAAAAAAAGCAAGUGCUCCAUUGAAACAGAGCUUUUGCCUUCUUUGAAUCCCAUAUCGUUGUCCUUUAUUCCGCACCACUGCUCAACUUGUGUUAAUUAGGUAGCGCAGAAUAAAACCGGCUCAUCUGGAGAGGGGUGGUGCAUUUGGGAGCGAGAUGGCUAACGGAAAGGUUCGGCUGCUCCUCCAUGGACUCUUCCUCGUAGCAGCGAUUCAGCCCACUCUGCAAGGAGGCGUGUAUGUACCAGCUGGUGCGGGCAUAGGCACUGGACCAGGAACUGGAUUCUUUCCAGGGUCUACGGGAGGAGUGCCCGCCGGCUAUAAACCAGCUAAAGCAGCAGGUGGUUAUGGAGGUGGCGGGCAAGGCGGCGUCCCGGGAGGUCUGGUGCCAGGAGGUGUUGGCCAGACUGGAUUUGGUAUUGGAGGACUUGGAGCAGGACAAGGUGGAAAAGGACCUAAACCAGGUUAUGGAAAUCUAGGAACCGGGGUUCUUGGAGGUGGCGGGUAUGGAGCUGGAGGCUUCGGCGGUGGUGGUUAUGGGGGAUAUGGUGCAGUCCCCGGUGGAAUCUUCCCAGGAGCUGGACAGAAGGCUGGUAAAAGAGGUGUUGGAGGCCAUCUGCUACCAUUUGGAGGAGCCGGAACUGGAACAGGAACUCUUCCUGCUGGAGGCCCCGUUAUCCCCCAGACAGGUUUGCCAGGAGGGACCGGUGCUGGAUCAGGAAAGAAAGCUUCCAAAGUACCAGGUGUGGAUGUACCAGGACUUUAUCAAGGUGGAUUCGUACCAGCAAAUGGAUUUGGAAACCGUGGAGUUCUUCCAGGAGUUGCCACUGGCGAUGGCCUCAAUCAGAAAUCCCUUGGAGCAGGGGGACAGGGUGGAGCAGGAGCAGGCUAUGGUGGGCAGAUGCAGCCCGGAGUGUUCCAUGGAUACCCUCUGAAAUCACCCAAAACUCAAGGUGGCCAGGGAGCAAAACCUGGAGGCGGAAAACUUCCCUUUGGUUACGGCGGUUUUGGUAAUCAAGGAGCUGGACUUCCGGGAGGUAAAAGUGGCCCUGGCUCAAAGCCUGGAUUUCCUAUUGGGACUGGAGUUGGCACUGGUGGCAUCUCAGCUGCACAGGCCAAAUCUGCCAAAUAUGGUUUGGGUGGUGCUGGUGGUUUUGGUGCUGUUGCUGGUGGUGCUGGUGGAUUUGGUCCUGGUGCAGGUGGUUUGGGUGGUGGCACAGGUGGACGAUAUCCAGGGCAGAUUCCAGGAGCAGGCUAUGGACCUGGGUCCAAAGCUGCUAAAUAUGGCGGUGUGCCAGGUGGUGUUCCUGGUGGCGUUCCAGGUGGUGUUCCGGGUGGUGUUCCUGGUGGCGUUCCAGGUGGUGUUCCAGGUGGUGUUCCUGGUGGUGUUCCAGGUGGUGGAUAUUUACCAUCAGCCAAAGCAGCUAAAUAUGGUGGUGUACCAGGGGGUGUACCAGGUGGUUUACCAGGUGGUGUACCAGGGGGUGUACCAGGAGGUGUCCCCGGAGGUGUACCAGGCGGUGUACCAGGGGGCGUACCAGGAGGUGUACUAGGAGGUGGUGGAUAUCUCCCGUCAGCAAAAGCAGCUAAAUACGGUGGUGUCCCAGGAGGUGUACCAGGUGGUCUACCAGGGGGUGUGCCAGGUGGUGUGCCCGGUGGAGUGCCCGGUGGUGUACCAGGAUAUGGGGGCGUACCAGGGGGCGUACCAGGUGGCGUACCAGGGGGUGUACCUGGAGGUGGUGGAUAUCUCCCGUCAGCAAAAGCAGCUAAAUAUGGUGGUGUCCCAGGAGGUGUGCCAGGGGGUGUGCCAGGGGGUUUACCAGGUGGCGUACCAGGUGGUGUACCAGGUGGCGUACCAGGGGGCAUGCCAUGGGGUGUACCAUGGGGUGUACCAGGGGGUGGUAGAUAUCUCCCAUCAGCAAAAGCAGCUAAAUAUGGUGGUGUUCCAGGUGGUGUACCAGGCGGUGUACCUGGUGGUGGUGUUCCUGGUGGUGUACCGGGUGGCGUUCCAGGUGGCUUACCUGGAGGUGGCGGAUAUGUACCAGGAGCCAAAGCAGCUAAAUACGGUGGUGUUCCAGGUGGUGGAGCAGGGCGUUUGUCAGGUGGGGUACCAUGGGGUGCACCAGUCGGUGUGCCUGCUAAUGUACCAGGAUUUGGUGGAUAUCAACCAGCAGCCAAAGCAAAUAAUUAUGGAGGUGUAGCAGGUGGAGUUCCAAGUGGUGUUCCUGGUGGUGUACCUGGUGGAGUACCAGGUAGUGUGCCUGGUGGUGUACCAGGAUUUGGCGGAUAUCAGCCAGGAGCCAAAGCAGCUAAAUAUGGUGGCGUCCCUGGUGGAGUACCUGGUGGUAUCCCUGGUGGCAUACCUGGAGGCGUCCCUGGUGGCAUCCCUGGAGGCGUACCUGGUGGUGUACCUGGUGGUGUUCCAGGAGGUGGAUAUUCACCAUCAGCCAAAGCAGCUAGAUAUGGGGGUGUACCUGGCGGUGUACCUGGUGGUGUACCUGGUGGUGUACCUGGUGGUGUACCUGGUGGCGUACCUGGUGGUGUUCCAGGUGGUGUACCAGGGGGUGGAUAUUCACCAUCAGCCAAAGCAGCAAAAUAUGGUGGUGUACCAGGAGGUGUACCAGGAGGAGUGCCAGGUGGUGUGCCAGGUGGUGUGCCAGGUGGUGUGCCAGGUGGUGUGCCAGGUGGUGUGCCAGGUUGGGCACCAUUUGCAGUACCAGGAGGAGGUCAGAGAUAUCCAGGCACCGGUCCAUACUCACCAGCAGCCAAAGCAGCAAAAUAUGGAGGAGCAGGAGCAGGAUUUGGAACAGGAGGACUGGGAGGAGCAGGAACAGGAUUUGGAACAGGAUUUGGAACAGGAGGACUGGGAGGAGCAGGAGCAGGAUUUGGAACAGGAGGACGGGGAGGAGCAGGAGCAGGGUUUGGAACAGGAGGACUGGGAGGAACAGGAGCAGGGUUUGGAACAGGAGGACUGGGAGGAGCAGGAGUAGGGGGAAGACCUGGUUUGGUACCAGGAGGAGUUGGACAGUACUCUCCUGCUUCAAAAGCUGCCAAAUAUGGAGGAGCUGCAGCAGGGUUAGGAGGCACAGGAUUGGGAGGACCACAUGGAGGAAUAGGGGGAGUACCAGGUUUAGUCCCAGGAGGAGUAGGGGGUGGACCAUACUCUGCUGCUGCAAAAGCUGCUAAAUAUGGAGGACUGGGGGCAGGGAUAGGAACUGGCGGACUGGGAGGAACAGGAACAGGAAUAGGCGGAAUACCUGGUUUAGUUCCAGGAGGAGGAACAGGUGGACAAUACGCUGCUGCUGCGGCAAAGGCUGCCAAAUAUGGUGGAGCAGGAGCAGGGUUAGGGACAGCUGGAGUCGGAGGAACGGGAAUAGGAGGAGUGCCCGGUCUGGUGCCAGGAGGAGUUGGAAAUGGACAAUACAAUGCUGCUGCCGCUGCUGCUGCAAAGGCUGCCAAAUAUGGAGGAGCAGGAGCAGGGUUGGGAGCAGGAGGGUUCGGAGGAACAGCUGGACAAGUACCUGGUUUUGUUCCUGGAGGUGGACAGUACUCUCCUGCUGCAAAAGCUGCCAAAUAUGGUGGAGCAGGAGCAGGGUUAGGAACCGGAGGACCGGGUGGUACAGGUGGGCAAGUACCUGGUUUUGUUCCUGGAGGAGUUGGGGGUGGACCAUACUCUGCUGCUGCAAAAGCUGCCAAAUAUGGAGGAGCAGGCGCUCACUUAGGAACUGGUGGACUGGGAGGUAGAGGUGGGCAAGUACCUGGUUUUCUUCCCGGAGGAUUUGGAGGUGGCCAAUACUCUGCUGCUGCUGCAAAAGCUGCUAAAUAUGGGGGAGCAGGAGCAGGGUUAGGAACAGGAGGCCUGGGGGGAUCAGGAGGACUGGGAGGAACAGGAGUAGGAGGAGGGCCUGGUUUGGUACCAGGAGGUGGACAAUACCCUGCCGCUGCUGGUGCUGCAAAAGCUGCCAAAUAUGGAGGAGCAGGAGCAGGAUUAGGAACAGGAGGACUGGGAGGAACGGGAGUAGGAGUGCCUGAUUUAUUACCCGGAGGAGCUGAACGUGGACAAUAUUCUGGUGCUGCUGCAAAAGCUGCUAAAUAUGGAAUCUCAACAGGAGGUGGAGCAGGGGUUGGUGCAGGAUUAGCAGGAGCAGGAGUUGGACCAGGAACAGUUGGAGGGGCUGUUCCUGGAGUGGGUCUUGCCUUGCCAGGAGCGACCCCACACACUGCAGUUAGCGGCCUCCCUGAUGGUUCUGCCGGUGCUACCGUUGCUGGAAAGCCACCAAAGAAUAUAGGUCCUUCUGGAUCUCCUUUUCCAGGCCCUACCCCUAGUGCCUCAAAUGGGAAGGCCACAGAGCUCCCACAGCCCACUGGUACAAAAGGUCAAAGUCCAACUGGCACUGGAACAGGUGUUGGUCCAGGUGGAGUAGGUUACCCUUAUGGAGUUCCUUAUGGAGUUGGAACUGGAACAGGGGCUGCUGUGUUGCCUGGUGCAAAGCCCUUGAAACCUCCCGUUGUCGGAGGAGCAGGAGGUGGUGCAGGAAUCCCUCUGGCAGCAGGAGGAUACCAAGGUGGUUUGCCAUAUCCCUCUGCAGGCGGCCUGGGUGGUGCUGGGGGAGGAGCUAAAGCCCCCAAACCAGGCUAUGGAAAUCUUGGAGGUGGUGGUGGUGGUGGUGGUGGUGGUGGAUAUCAGCCUCAACCAGGUGGAUACAUCCCAGCCCCACUGACUCCUCAACAAGCUAAAGCAGCUAAGUACAUUGGGAAUCCAUUGCAAGGCUUUCUGGGUGGUGCAGGAGGUGGAGGAGGAGGAGCCUACAGAGGUGGCGCAGUAGCAGCAUGCCAGGGUAAAUACUGUGGCAGGAGGAAGUAGAUGUACUCCUGAAGUGCGACGUGGCCUGAAGAAAAUCAUGGUGCUACUGCAUGAACUAGAAUGUACAUUUUAGAACACAAACGUUUUUACUUACUUGACUUCAACAUCUGCUCUUAUGCAAACCCACCGACCAAGAGUUUUGUACUUUUUUUCUCUCGUGAUGACAGUGUCUUUAACCAUAAACGUGUGAAUGUCAGUUUGCUUUUAGUCCCCCUUCUUAUGCACCAAUGUACUUCAAAUACUGUAAUGUUUGUCAGCCUGUGAUUAUUCCUUUGGAUACUUGUCAACAGUGUGUUCAAGUGGACAUAUGGUGACACAGCAAAAGACUGCUUGGUUGUCUGCCAAUGUGACCUAUGUAGGAUGCCGCAGUGCGCCAUUUUUAAUCUUAAAACAAGGCAAGAUGAAAUGUUGCAGCACAGGACCUCUCAAAUCCGUGAGAAGGCUGCUUUUUGUGGCCAAAUCGCAACAGUGUCUUGGGCCCGCCUUCUUGCUGCUAUUUUUAGCUCCAUUGGGUAUAAAGUAGUGGGAAAUAGGACUCCAGCCAGCCCAUCUGUUCUUAUUAGAUUUUUUUUUUUGCUGAUUGUUUUUCCCCAUCAUUUCCAAUUUCAACAAAUGCUUUACUAAGAUCACUGUCUAAAGCAGUGUUGUCUUUUAUUCUUCCAGUGUAUUUCUGUAAGUUUGCAUUUUUGCGCAUUUGCUUUGUGACGCUUUUUCCUCAAGUGUCAUUUCAGGAGUUAUUUACAUUUAUGUAAUAAGGUUAAUUCAAGCUUUUAACACAUAUCUUAUUGUUAUUGUAAUUGUGUGAACAUGCAGUAAAACCUAGCCUUUGCAUUUAUUCAAAAAUUGUAGUACAAAAUAACACAUGUGUUUAAUGGGUUUAUCCAAGUCCCAUUGUUCAUUUACUUGAGCUGCUUUAGAGGGAAAAAAAGAGGAAAACGUUUAGCUGACCAAAGGUUCAUGGGUGCUGUUGCCGAGUGACCCCUUUGUUCUUUCUGUAAUUAUGUACUGUAUUUUGUACUAAUAUGAAAGUUGUUGGCAUUUGUUCAUCCACUCUGAGCAUUUGGAGCCUCACUGGGUCAGAUGUGCCAUGGGAUAGACUUCAUCUUUAUUUAAAUUUAUUUCUAAAAUUGUGGUUUUGCACUUUUUAAAAAAAAAAAUCCACGCACACAUGCACACACGACUUAAUAUAAUCAGCCAAUGUAUUUGCAUCAUCAAAUAAAUAAAUAAAAUGUCUUUGAAAAAA